UUAAUAUUGUUUUAACUCAAGUUAUUUAAAACAAACAAAACUACUUCGCAAUUUUUUCCCUCCUCUCGACGGGUUGCUCCCAUGCAGGAAGUAAAAAAAAAUGACGACAAAUUUGUAGAUUUUGCACACCGGAAACUUCCAAUUGUAGAUACAACAGGGAUGUAUGAACAGACGUCGUAUCACUUCAUUCAGGGAUUGUUUAUAUGAAUCGAAAAAUGUGCACGUCUCGUGUGAAAGACCGCAUUCGACAGCAAGAUAAAAUUCUUUAGAAGAUAAACCAUAAGGGAAUGAAAUAGUAGUUGAAGGAUGUGUGGAAGAAAUGAUGCAAAAAAAUCUGGAAGCAAUGAAGGGGAGGAAUCACAAGAAACUAAUGACAAAACUACAACCACUGUUUCUUCAGAAGUGGACUGCAGCGUCAACAAUUUCAACACAACUGGAUGUGAAAUAACACUUGCUGGUAAACUGUUGAUAGUGCUAGACGGUGCCAAGGAUGGUAUGAUCAUGAAGAACAACGGAUUUAAAUGCUUUUGUGAACUAGUGUAUUUCAAUCUCAACGGAACCAGUGUAACUGCAGAAGUUCUGACUGGCAGCAAUAAAGCCAUAAACUGUUCCUCUAUAAAAACUGAACGUGUCAAUGAAACUUUUCUUGAAGAGGAAUUAAAAUCUUUGGGAUCAGUAUACAACCCCAAAGUUGGGGAAGCAGGAAUGGCGGUGAUUGUAUCAGAAAGUUCAAACGUGUCUGGUUUAAUUAAUAACCGGAAUUUUCCAGAUGAGAAAGAGGAGCCGUUCAUAUAUUUUGUUAGUGUUGGAAAGCAAAAGAACACGAGCAUUGAGGACUCUUGUCAUCGGCAGUACAGAUCUAUAAAUGAUAUGUCAGAAAUUUCAACCAUCGGAUCGGAAUUGAUGGAAAAUGCAUGUAAUCCUAUGGAUUAUAUGAAAAAUAACAGCUGUCUAACUUUAUCAAAGACUGAAAGUCCGAUAUCAACACCCUCUCAUCAAGCUUCGGUGGAAAUGGCCGUUGUCGUCGGUAGUGUUAUCGGGGCCCUGAUUCUGGCAGUAGUAAUCGUUCUUUGUCUCAUUUUUUCACCAAAACUUAAAGGAAAAGGAAAAUCUAAAAGAGACACCUUUGUGGAAUUUUCGGCUGUGGACAGCGGGUUUGGGGGAUUAUCCGUGUAUUCGGAAGCAAAACAGAUUCCACGAUAUUCUUCAAGAGAUUCACAGAACGUUUACAACGCCCUGUGGGAAAAAGAGAAAGCCAAGAAAAACAGAGAUCAAGAAGAAAAUUAUCACGAUUUAGACAUGAACUUUGUCGACGGUAAAGCUGAUACGUCAUUAUAUGAUCACAUGAAGAGAGAAGAGGAUUUAGAUGACGUAUUUGAGGCACCUGGCUAAAACAAAUAAAAACCCUGCUACACUCUUAUGGGUUUCAGAAGAGGACAAAA